AUGUCUUAUCAAAUUACAGAAAAGAAAGACUUGACUUAUGUUAUCACGGAAAAUAGUAUCCCCCAAGCACAACUAGAAAAAAAUUUCAGUUUACUAAGUACAUGUGCAUUUCAAUUCACUUUGAUAUGUUCAGCACUUGCAAUAGGUACAUUUCUAAGUACCGUGAUAGGAGUAGGAGGUAGUCCAGUACUAAUAUUUGGAUUCAUUGUUGCCAUCACCUUUGAUCUCAUUAUUUGUUAUUCCUUAGCCGAAUUAGCGUCUGCUUAUCCACAUUCAUCGGCUCAAGUUCAUUGGACAUAUUGUUUAGCAUCGGAGAAAUACAAACGUAGUCUUAGCUUUUUAACUGGUAUUUUAUCAUGUGCGGGUUGGAUAUUUGCUUGUUUUAGUUCUACUUAUGUGGCAUCAAUGUUUAUUUUGGCAUUGGCACAAAUUUAUCACCAAGACUAUAUCCCAAAAAGUUUCCAUUAUUAUCUUGUUUAUUUGGCAGUGUUUUUAUCGGGUUAUUUGGUCAAUGUGUUUUUAGUCAAAUUGUUACCGUUAAUCACCAAUAUUUCAGUUGCAGUAAUAAAUUUUGGAACAUUCUUUAUUAUUAUUACACUUUUAGUCAAAUCACCAAAACAAUCUGCUGAGUUUGUGUUUAAAAAUAUCAUCAAUGAAACGGGCUGGUCCUCCAAUGGAGUGGUAUUUUUCUUGGGGAUGUUGCCUAGCUUAGCCUGUGUCACAUUAUUUGAUGGAGCAGUACAUUUGACAGAUGAAAUUGCCCAACCAGAACGAAAUAUACCGUUAGUGAUGGUUAUAUCAAAUACACUUUCUGGCGUUAUGGCAUUUUUCGCUGCUAUAGUCUACAUGUUUUGUGUGGUGAAUGUCAACAACUUAUCAAAUCCAGUAGGUGGAGAACCAAUUGUGCAAUUAAUGUAUGAUUCUUUUCAAUCGGAGGCAUUAACCACAAUUGGAGUCGUUUGUUUAAUAUUGACUUUUGUUGGCUCGUCUUAUAUGUAUUAUACCAGUACUUCAAGAUUGAUUUGGUCAUUUGCAAACUCAAAUGGACUUCCCUUUAGCAAAUACAUAGGUGAGGUUUCUUCAAACUUGAAAAGUCCAGUUUAUGCAUUGUCUUUCUUGACGGUUCUUUGCAUAAUCAUUGGAACAUUAAUUAUGGGAUCAGAUGGUGCAUUGAAUGCUGUCUUGGGUACAUCAAUGGUAUGUAUUAACUUAUCAUAUUUGAUACCCAUUGCAUGUUUAUUGGUGAAAAGUAAAUUUUCCACCACCCAUAGAUUCAAUGAACGUCCAUAUUUUUGUUUGGGAAAAUUUGGAUUGCCAAUGAACAUUGCCUCUGUCCUUUGGGUGUGCUUUAUUAUGGUAUGGUUGAAUUUCCCCUUGAGUUACCCGGUGACAUCUGAUAACAUGAACUAUGCUUGUGUGGUAUUAGGAAUAACCUGUAUUAUUGGAAUAAUAUUGUGGUUUGUUCAUGGAAGAAACCACUAUGACCAUAAUAUUGAUUUUAAACACUUUUAA